AAGUCCUCGCGUGACUCACCGGUCUGUCUAAGCAUAUAAAUGGACAGGGACUCCGCUGCAAUGUCACCAAAACUGCAAUUUAUAAACACAAGCAAUACGGACCUGCAGAACUGCAAUCAAUCGUAGAAGAAAUCAGAGUCAUGUACCUGCCGUUCAUUACCGUUGUUGGCCUUCUUGCGGUAUUUACAGUUGCAUUAGGCGCUCCAGUUAAUCAAACAGUUGGAAUCAGUUGGAAUGAAGUCACAGAGGGCUCUUUAAAACUAAAUGAACUUGCUAAAAGACUCUUAACUGAGGAGCUCAGUCAUUUGCAAAAUGUGGAAAGAGUUGUCAAAGGGCCAAGAGUGCUGGUGGAAGCCACAGACAAAUGUGAUCCAAAAAACCUAAGAGCAGAUUCAAUGCCUUGUCUUAAGAAGAUGGUUUUUGCUCUGAAGAACUACAGUACAGUAUUUGGGAUAAUUAGUCAGUUCAAGAAUAACUGUGCAAAAACUGGAAAGAUGGUGAACACAGUAGUGAAAAAACUCCUUUUAGAAUUGAAGGAGCCCCAUCGUCAUUCAGAAGAGAAGUGGCAGGAAGUGAAGAGCUGGGAAGAGCCAGGACUGUGCCGUGACAAUAUUGAGAAGCUGUUCUCCUUCUCCAUCCUCAUGGCUCGGGUCUUUGCCCCUGGUGAUCCUGCAAAACACAUAAUGGAUUCGCCUAAAUAUUGUAUCUAAAGCUGCGAAGCAGGCCACAAUUGAUUCGUCAUCUGUGAUCUGUUUCAGUAUUAGACAACAUAGUAGUAGAUGGACAUCUACAUUAAUUGUAUGAUCAAUUUGAUCAAAAUAGUCUGAAAUGACAAGUAACUUUUGUGGUGUUGUAUGUUAUUACAAUGUUUCAUAAACAUUUCAUUAACACACUUAUAUAUCUGCCUGUGUUCCACUUUGGAACAGUUGUUUAUAUUUAGGAAUGUAUUUAUAUAUGUAUCUAUCCAUAUUAAUAUAUUUAUCAAAUGUAUGAAAUUGUGAAGUAACUUAACAUAUUUUUAACAUAUUUAAUUAUUUAACUUAUUUAAUCUAUGUUAACACCUAUUUAUCUGCCAAUGUAAUAUUUUUUAAACAAAAUGUAUUUAUUAUUGGAUGUAAUUUUCCACGUGUUAAAUUGCUUUAAAAAAUAAAUAACUUUUUACUUU